AACUUUAAAGUCACGAAUAAGAAAAUUUGACAUAAACAGAUUAAUUAACUCUACAUUCCAAAACGAUUGUCAGUUAAUAAAAAGAAAAGUUUUAGGUUUUACGAGUAUCAAACUUAUUUCAACACUCAACGAAGAAGCAUUGAAUAAUUUAACGCAGACAAUAUGGGUCGGUGUCUAGCUACAAUUCUUCUAGCUAUUUUUGUUCUAUUUUUUAUAGAGAAUUCUAUAUCUUUACCAAUUGAUGAACAUCCAUUGGUGGAAAUAAUUCGUGUGCUACCUGAUGGUACAAAAAUUGAGGAGUCGAUAGAUGUGAAGAAUUUUUCUGAUGGUGAAAUAAUAAACACGAAAAAAACACUGACUACAUAUAAUGACAAUAGCACAAUAACAAAGGUGGAAAUAAUUCGUGUGCUACCUGAUGGUACAAAAAUUGAGGAGUCGAUAGAUGUGAAGAAGUUUUCUGAUGGUGAAAUAAUAAACACGACAAAAACACUGACUACACAUAAUGACAAUAGCACAAUAACAAAGGAGGUGAAAAUUCAUUUGCUACCUAAUGGUCAAAAAAUUGAGGAGAGAAUACAGAUAAUGACAUGGAAUGAUAAUAGCACACUUAACCAGACCGAAAUAACUAAUACGUUGUCUGAUGGUUCAAGAAUACUUAAAGAGUAUCAUGAAGUAUACAGAUAUGGUGGGAAAGUCGAUACUUUAAAAGUGAUACCAGUCACUGUGUGGAGAGGUGAAAAGUCAAAGCAAGAAGAAAAAGAUGUUGAAGAAGAGAAAGAAGCAUUAGACAAUAAUGGUGAUGAUGAUGAUAAAGAUGAUUUUGAAGAUUAUGGUUAUAGAGAAAUGGAAGGAACACCUGUAACUCCUAUUGAGUUAGUAGUCUCAAGUGAUAGACUGUUAGAAAAAUCUGUAUUAGAUUUAAUAUACAUGCACGGAGAAAAAUGGAAAAACGAAUAAAGUAACUUUUACUACUUUAAAAGUAAAAUUGGACCUGUCCGAAGUUUCUGCGCAUCUCUGGCAACUUUUACUCGAAAAAUAGUAAAAUUGACUAUUUCUGUAGUAAAUUUUACUGUUUCCGUAGUAAUUUUUACUAUUUCUGAAGUAAAUUUUACUAUUUUUGGAGUAAAAGUUGCCAGAGAUGCGCAGAAACUUCGGACAGGUCCAAUUUUACUUUUAAAGUAGUAAAAGUUACUUUUUCUUUUUUUCCGUGUGCGUAUGAAGCGAAUAUGCACUACAGGUAUUGAAAUCUAAGAUACAUGUAUAUUAAAUUUAAAGUGACAACAUGGCGGCUGUAGAUGCCUAUUUCACCAAACGGUCAUUAUUUCCUUGAUAUUGAAAAUUUAUUUGAAAUUGAAACAACAGUGCGUAAUUCUUUAACUAUUGUGUUGUUUAUGUCCAAAUAAUGUUUUAUAAGGGGAAAAUUUUUCAAAAAAAACAUUCUAAAUACAAGAAUUUUAAUACUUAUAUGUGACAUUUAGGUUAAGUACUAUAAAUGUCAAAUUAUAUGCAUUUUUACAAUGUAAAUUGAUUUAAACUUGUAUUUACAUGAAAGAAAUUACUUUGCUUUAUUAAUAAAAACCUUAUUUUGUACACAAGAACA